AUGGAUGUGGAGUCCCCGCUCCGCUACGUGGAUGUGAACUUGGUGAUAGAAGGUCGUGGGGUCACAGACAGCAUUCAGAGAUUCUCCUCGCUGCCGCCCUACCUGCCUGUGAGCUACCACAUCCUCAGAGCAGAGAGCUCCUUCUUCCUGAAGGAGGCCAGCCAGGACCCACUGGGCAAUGCCAGCCUGCAGUCCCGGGUGGAGUCCUUCUUCGUGUACAGAGCCAGGCAGCCCCCAGUGCUGAACGCCAGCUAUGGGCCUUAUUCUGCAGAGAAGGUUGUGCCUCUGGACUUCAUGUCGACCUCAAACUUUUUAGGCCCAACCAACAAGUUUACUUUCAACUGGAAACUGAAGGCCUACAUCCUGCGGGACAAGAUCUACCUGAACCGGUCCAAGGUGCAGAUCCUCUUCUACAUUGUGGGCAGAGACUGGGACGACCAUAGGGCAGCGGAGAGGCUGCCCUGCCUGCGGGUCUUCGCUUUCCGGGAGACCCGGGAGGUGAGGGGCAGCUGCCAGCUAGGUGGGGAUCUGGGGCUGUGCGUGGCCGAGCUAGAGCUCCCGGCCAGCUGGUUCAGCCCCCCGGUGGUGGGGGGGAGGCGGAAGCCGGCGGAGCAGCCCGAGGGGAGUCCCGUGGAGCUCUACUACACCGUGCAGCCGGGGAGCGAGCGAGGGGACUGCACCGGGGGUGACGUCAGGAAGGGCAACGCCAUUCGCCCAGGGAAGGGGGGUCUGCAGGAAGCAACCUCGCACCUGCAGAGGAUUGGCACCGUGGGCCUGUACCGCACCCAGGACAGUGCCCAGCUCCGUGAGCUGCGUCUGGACGCCAACGUGGUCAUCUGGCUGCCCUCCCGACCCGUGAAGCAGGGAGACGUGGUUACUGCCUAUGUCACCAUCUCCAGCAACUCUACCGUGGAUUUCUUCAUCCUGAGGGCCAAGGUGAAGAAGGGYGUGAACAUCCUGAGCGCGUGGACCAGCGAGCCCCGGCAGUGGGACGUGAAGCAGGAGGUGGGGAAUGGCGGGAAGCACGCCACCGCCACCGUGGCCUGCCAGCGCCUGGGACCGCGCAACAGAAGCAGCAGUCUGUUCAGCGAGGUUGUGCAGAUGAACUUUGAGAUCGCCAGCUUCAGCAGCCUCUCGGGGACUCAGCCCAUCACGUGGCAGGUGGAAUACCCGCGGAAGGGGACCACCGACAUCACCGUAUCCGAGAUCUUCAUCAGCCAGAAGGACCUAGUGGGCAUCGUGCCGCUGGCCAUGGACACUGAAAUCCUGAACACAGCCAUCCUCACAGGAAAGACAGUGGCAGUGCCCCUCAGGGUGGUCUCCGUGGAGGAGAACAGCGCGGUGACCGACAUCUCAGAGUCGGUGGAGUGCAAGUCUGCGGACGAGGGUGUCAUCAAAGUGUCCGACCACUGUGACUAUGUCUUUGUCAAUGGCAAAGAGAUCAAGGGCAGGAUGGAUGCAGUAGUGAAUUUCACCUACCAGUACCUGAGCGCCCCCCUGCACAUCACCGUGUGGGUGCCCCGGCUGCCCCUGCAGAUUGAGGUCUCUGACACCGAGCUCAGCCAGAUUAAGGGCUGGAGGGUCCCCAUCGUGGCCAGCAAGAGGCCCACGCGGGACAGCGAGGACGAGGAGGAAGAGGAGCGGCGGGGCCGGGGCUGUGCCCUGCAGUUCCAGCACGCCACUGUGCGGGUCCUCACCCAGUUUGUGUCCGAAGGGGCCGGCCCCUGGGGCCAGCCAAGCCACCUGCUGGGCCCCGGCUGGCAGUUCGACAUCACCCCCCUGGUGGUGGACUUCAUGAAGCUGGAGUCGCCYCACGUGGCCACGCUGCAGGACGGCAGGAUCCUGGUCGGGCGGGAGGUCGGGAUGACCACCAUCCAGGUGCUGUCCCCACUGUCUGACUCCAUCCUGGCAGAGAAAACGGUCACCGUGCUGGAGGACAAAGUGUCGGUGCUGGACUUGGCCAUCCAGCUCGUGGCCGGGCUUUCUGUGUCCCUCCACCCCAACGCCGAGCACAGCAAGGCCAUCACRGCCGUGGCCACCGCCGAGGACCUGCUACGCACCCCCAAACAGGAAGCCAUGGUCAGCACGUGGCUACAGUUCAGUGACGGCUCGGUGACACCCCUGGACAUCUACGACACCCAGGACUUCUCGCUGGCUGCCACCUCCCUGGAUGAGGCUGUGGUGUCUGUUGCCCCCGCCCGCUCUCCCAGGUGGCCCAUGGUGGUGGCCGAAGGGGAAGGUCAGGGCCCGCUGGUCCGAGUGGACAUGACCAUCGCCGAGGCCUGUCAGAAAUCCAAACGCAAGAGUGUCCUGGCCGUGGGCAUCGGCAACAUCAGGGUCAAAUUUGGACAGAGUGACGCCGACACCAGCCCCACCGGGGACAAGGACGAGGAUGACAUCAAGAACCACACCAGUGACCGUCGGCAAAAGGGCCAGGACGAGCGUUUCCAGGAGCGGGAGGAAGGGGCCCUGCGGAGGGCCACCACCACCACGGCCAAGUCCCUGCAGGACAACAGGGUGGGGAAGAGCAGCCGGCUGGAUGGGGGCACGCGGCCCGGGGAGGGGCAGCUGCAGAACAUCCCCAUCGACUUCACCAACUUCCCAGCCCACGUGGACCUGCCCAGGGCGGGGGCCGGGCUGGAAGAGAGCGACCUGGUGCCCACGCCCCGGGGCCUGAGCGACCUGGAGAUCGGCAUGUACGCCCUGCUGGGGGUCUUCUGCCUGGCCAUCCUGGUCUUCCUCAUCAACUGUGCCACCUUUGCCCUCAAGUACAGGCACAAGCAGGUGCCCCUGGAGGGCCAGGCCUCCAUGACCCACUCCCACGACUGGGUGUGGCUGGGCAACGAGGCCGAGCUCCUGGAGAGCGUCGGGGACCCGGCCCCGCCCCAGGACGAGCACACCACGGUCAUUGACCGCGGGCCGGGGGGCCACGAGGAGGGCGACCACCUGCUCCUCAACGGGGGCUCCCAGAAGCAGGUGCAGAGCCAGGUGCGCAGGCCCACGGACCCAGGGAGGCCAGGCAAGGCACAGAAGCCGGAGCCCCCGCACUCGCCCACCUCCAAGCGGAAGAAGGUGAAGUUCGCCACCUUCACCACCAUCCCCACCGACGGCGGCUGCCCCACUGUGAACUCCAUCCUGGGUGGCCAGGAGGAGAUCCAGUGGGUGUGCCAGGAUGUGGAGGUGGGUGCCCCCAAGGAGCUCAGAAACUAUCUGGAGAAAUUCCAGGAGAAGGCCUAA